AUGUCGGCGCAGCCGCUGGAAUCUCACAAGAUGAGGAAAAUGGCUUGGCUCGAGAGGCUAAGACGUAAGGGGAGACUCAAGGAUGAUGCUAUGUUAGCAGACCCCGGAUUGUCCCCAAUGGCAUCCUCAUCUCACUCUCUGACCAAUCCAAGCGAGGCUUCUUUCGAAUGUCCGCCCGAGCCAUCUCCAGUGCCGACGGAUGUCGAGGAGGGUGUUGACAGCAUAAGCAACGCUACCCCACUGAAUUCGGUAUCGACACCAGCUGAAGACACCAGACCGAAUCUGACAAAUCUUUGGGAGAAGGCGAUGCAAGCCAUGCAGGAUGGUCCCGAUUCAGAAAAGCGGGAGCUCGCCCAGCAAUAUGCUGAGAUCCUGGCCUCGAAGCUAAAUGGGUCUGAAGGUGGGCUUGGAGCCGAAGGUCCAAGUCAUCUCAAGUAUGAACAAGUCGCAGAGAUAUUGAACGCGAAGGUGGAAGAACUGAGCCAAGAGCGGCUGGCCGUUUCCCUUGGAAGUCGCGAGUUGUCUAUUGAGCCCUUGUUCAACAAUGUAUCGAAACACAUCAUCGCCGCAAAGGACCUCAUAAGCAGUGCCGCCGGGGCCGACCCUCACGCCGCUCUUGCUUCACGACUAACGUCCGAGCAGUUCCUCGUCCGUCCCAUAGAGCAGAGAGAACAUAUACUCCGAGGUCUUGAACUGACAUCUUCUCUCAUCUGUCGAUACUUCGCGAUGGAGCAGGUUUACCGCCCUCAAGCCCGCAUGGAGAGUCUACCAGCAGAGUCAGCCAGAAGGCUCGAGUUGGAUCUAGAACGCAACCUAGUCAAUCUUUACACCAAGAUCAUUGAGUUCCAGGCACGAGUACUCUGUUAUCUACAACGCAGCCGUCCGACCCGAUUCAUUAGAGACGUAUUCAGGGGCGACACGUGGAAGGCCUUGAUUGAAGAAAUUGAAAGGCUGGAUGCUCAGUGCCGAGCCAUCGCGGAACUUAUUACCCAUGACAAAAUCCUCGCCUUUAUCGAGUCGCCCUCUCAAAAGACUGAACGAGCUAUCGUUAUGUUUAAUCUUCCAAAACCCGUCUCGAAUGAUCUACUCAGAAGAAGGACAAAGCUUUUGAACAGGCUUUACACCUGCCCCUAUCGUGAUCGCAAAGACAUCAAUCCCGAGAGGGCUCCAGGGACCUGCGAAUGGUUCGCCGAGCAUGAAUAUUUCCGCGAUUGGAAAGCCGCAUCAGAAUCCAGGAUGUUGUGGGUUUCGGCUGAUCCUGGCGCUGGAAAGUCGGUGCUUGCAAAGUACUUGGUAGAUGAUGUCUGUCCAAGCACACCAGAUCGAACAACAAGCUACUUCUUUUUCAAAGACGGCUUUAACGACCAGAGAAGUGCUUCAGCUGCUAUGUGCGCAAUACUGCGACAGGUCUUGGAACAGAAUAGCGAGUUGAUGGACGAAAGCACCAUGGCCAAGUUUGAGGCGGAUGGUGAUUAUUUGCUCAACUCAUUCUCAAGACUUUUCGACAUCCUGCUUGAGGCCGCUACAAAAGUCGAAACCGAAGUCAUCUGUCUGUUCGAUGCUCUCGAUGAAUGCAAUGAAGAAGACUGCCGCCAAGUGACAUCGACUCUGGCCAAAUUUUACAAGAACCCCCCGGACCACAGUCGUCUUAAAUUCAUCAUCACGUCUAGACCGUACACCAGAAUACAACGCAGCUUACAACCACUUGAGAAUUCUCUACCAACUAUUCAUCUAAGAGGCGACGAUGAGUCUAAUACAGAACGUAUUUCCGGUGAGAUUGGCAUCGUCAUCCGUCAUAGGCUACAGGAUAUCGCCCAGAUCCAACUUCUUGAAGCAAAAGAGAUCAGUUUGCUUGAGGAAAGCUUAUUGACUUGGCAACAUCGAACAUACUUAUGGGUCAAACUAGCGAUCGAUUUCAUCGAAAGUCGCUUGGAGUCCCCUACAGAAGAGAAUGUCAAGACCAUCUUCAGCAGCAUACCAGAGAAGCUGGACGGGCUAUAUGAAAAGAUUCUUGAACAAAGUGCAAACAAGGAAAGAGCUCGAAAGGCUUUUCACAUCAUUCUUGGGGCCUACAGGCCUCUGAGUCUGUCCGAAAUGUCAGGAGCGCUCUGCGUCGAAAGUCAUCACCAGAAUACCUCUCAAACAUGUCAAGAGCCCAUCAAGAGAUUCCCGUCAUACCUGAGAGAAAUUUGCGGCUUAUUCGUGACUAUUGUAGACGGGAACGUCUACCUGCUUCAUGAAACUGCAAGAGAGUUCUUAGCCUACAGAACUGGACGCGAAGCUCUCCAAUCAACUUGGCUACACUCGAUUAAGCCCAAAGAGUCGCAUUUCAUCAUGGCCAAAGCUUGCGUUUGGUAUCUCCUCUUGGAGGAUCUGAACUCUCCAGAUGCGCACAUGUCCGCCUUUAGAGAGUAUGCCCUCAUUCACUGGUCCCGUCACGUUGGGGAAUGCGAGGAGGAGCAUUUCUGCGGCAUUGAUUCUUUUGGAAAUAACAUGGUAUCUCUGUGUAAGACUAUAGCAAGCAACGACAUGACGAAGAGGAGGUGGAUGUGGCGCCUGAGCCAUGCGAGGCACACGAAUGGAGAAGAACGCUACUGGGUCAGAAAGCAUAGAAUGGCUUUAGAAAUGUACAGAGAUCUUGACGACUUGAGCCCCUUGACCUUUGCUACACAAUUCGGUCUUAAGUUGGCAGUCUCGAAACUACUACUAGAAGACCCUCGCAGUGGUUAUAAGGUUUGCGCGAGUGGCAGAACAGCACUUUGGUGGGCAGCUUGCUAUGGGCACACAGACAUCAUUCGUCUUCUUCUCAGCAAAUAUACCGACUCUGAAUACGCGGGAAUCGCCCUGAAUUGGCGGCAAGAAGGAGAUACACCUUUGGUAGUUGCGAUUCGAAAGAGACACAAAGCUGCAGUGGCUGCUCUGCUUCGAGAUCCCAGGACUAGCUUUGCCGCUCCCUGUGGCACCAUGCCGAAAUGGAAACCGGUGCACUAUGCAGCCAAUGACGAAGAUUUAUUCCAACUACUACUUGCAGACCAACGCACCUUUUCCGACUUCACUGAUGAAGAUCAACACAUUCUACUGGAAAAAGUGUUUGAGUCCGGCAGCGUGGAAAGGUUCAAGUCUUUACUGCACGAUGGCCGCUUUGAAAACGGAUUUUGCUCAGCAGACCCGCAAGAUGGGCGAACUUUGUUCUGCAAGCUUGCGGAUCUCAGUUCGAACACUGGCUACGGUGUGUCUGGUGCAGUUUGCGUUGACAUGAUGAGACUUCUUCUCGAGACUUAUCGAAUCGAUGUCGCGAAGCCUGACCAUAAAAACAGAUCUCCCGUGUCUUGGGCAGCAGGCAAUCGGAGUGAUACGACAGUCCUGUCCUAUCUCUUAUUUGAACUGCGCCUCGAACCUGACGAUCUUGAUGACCAAGAUCGAAGUCCAUUAUCGUACAGCGCAGAGUUGAAGGGUUUCAAAGCAGUUGAGAAGAUGAAGGUCUUAUUUCAAACAAACAGAGUCAACGUCAAUUCUGUGGACAGCCAUGGUCGAACCCCUCUCAUGAUAGCAGCAGAUAUCAGCCACCUCGAUUCUCGGAAAUACUGCAGUGCAUACCAUACCGGUAACAAGGCCGCAUUCUUUUUACUAAAUCACGAAGCGGAUAUCAAUAUUCGAGACAACCGAGGAAGAACUGUCUUGACAUACGCUACGGGCGGUAACGCGCUCGGACUUGUGAAAGACUUGAUCAAGCGUGGAGCAGCAGUAAACUUGAAAGAUAUCGAUGGUCGUACAGCGCUGUCCUUUGCGGCGCAGUUUGCGAGCCCAGAAGUGGUCGCCGUGUUGCUGAACGCAGGUUUGGAUCACGACGAGCGCAGCAAGAAGAUUGAAGGCCUUCUUGCAGGCAGAUCCGAGUAUCCCUCGCUUGGUUUUGAACGUCCCAGUUGA